AGCUCCAUUGCUCAGUAUAUAAAGCAGGACAACGAGUGAAGGAGGACGGCUGGGGAGUCGCAGCCCGGGAUUGUAAAUAAGACCGCUAAAACUGUGUUUUAUUUACAAAAGUGAUGCCGGCUGUUUUAAAAUAUCGUUCCCAGUUGUUUUAAGUCGUUUUUCGUAAUUUUUGGCUCUGUUUCUCGCCUAUUUCCGUGUGGUUUUUACACUACGCGUAUAAUGGCGAGCUCGGCUAACUCGAACCCAGUGCCUAAACUAUAUAAGUCUGUGAUUGAGGAUGUGAUCAACGAGGUGCGGGAGCUGUUCCUGGACGAGGGAGUGGAUGAGCAAGUGCUUCUGGAGCUGAAAACGCUAUGGGAAAACAAACUGUUGCAGUCCAAGGCAGUGGAGGGCUUCCACACUGAGGAGCAGGCAGUCCUGCAGGCCGCUCAGCAGCAGCAGCAACAGCAGCAGCAACAGCAGCAGCAGGUCCAACAGGUCCAACAGGUCCAACAAAUCCAGCAGGUGACCCAGCCAGCACAGGCCCAGCAAGUCAUCCUGCCUCCCCAGCAACAGCAAGCUCCUCAGCAGCAAGUCAUUGUUCAGGAUUCCAAGAUUCUACAGCACAUGAGUGCAACGGGGAUGAGUGCAGCAGCUACUGCAGCAACCCUUGCUUUGCCCACAGGUGUCACUCCCUACCAACAGCUCAUCACCAGCCAAGGUCAGAUCCUGCAGGUGGUCCGUGCUCCCAAUGGGGCUCAGUACAUCAUCCAGCAGCCCCAGCAGCAGAUCCUCCUGCAGCAGCAGAUGCAGCCUGGCGGCGUGCAGGCACCGGUCAUACAACAGGUCCUGGCUCCUCUGCAGGGAGGCCUGCCCCAGCAAACAGGAGUCAUCAUCCAGCCACAGCAGAUUGUCUUAGCUUCAGGAAACAAAGUCCAAGGCAAUACACAGGUGAUGCAGGCAGCAGCUAUGGCGCCGCAGCCUGGUCAGGCAGCAACAGCUCAGGUCCAGCAGGUUCAGCAGGCCCAGGGUGCAGCUGCACAACAGGCCCCACAACAGCCCCAGGCCCAGCAGCAAGCCCAACCCCAGCCUCAGGCCCAGCAGCCUCCCAUGAUGCUGCAGGUGGACGGCACCGGAGACACCUCCUCAGAAGAGGACGAGGAUGAGGAGGAGGAGUAUGAUGAAGAUGACGAUGAGGAGAAGGACAAGGAUGGGGGAGAGGACGGGCAGGUCGAAGAGGAGCCACUGAACAGUGGGGAUGAUGUCAGUGAUGAGGAGGACCAGGAGCUGUUUGAUACAGAGAAUGUGGUGGUGUGCCAGUAUGACAAGAUUCACAGAAGUAAGAAUAAAUGGAAAUUCCACCUGAAGGACGGGAUCAUGAAUCUGAACGGGAGAGACUAUGUCUUCUCCAAAGCCAUAGGGGAUGCGGAAUGGUGAAGUAGAAAAAAAAAAAAGACAAAGCAACAGGAGCAGGACCUCUGUAACUCCUUCUAUCCAGUUAACAGACACUUCAAUAUCCUUCCAUAUCCUGUGACUGGAUUCAUUUCAGGAAACCUCGUCUGAGUCUUUGAGAACUCUGACAAACCCAAAGGACUGUGAGGUACUGUAAAACCUGGGUGUUGUCAAAAACACUCGACUAGCCUUGAUGAGAAACCUACAGGGGAAGAGAGCACCUGUGAACGGAGCGUUCUUUAUCUUUUUUGCUUUUUCCAGGCUUCUCUACCUUUUUUUCCUGAGAGAAUUCACAUACGUUGGAAAGUAAGCAUUUCACAUCGUACAGGUGCAGUGGACCAGGGUGACCUGACCUGCCCCCCCACAGGAGGUCAGACGUCAUUCAUUAUAACCCCGUAGAUGAGAAACACCUUCAUGAUGCACUGUAGUCGGUUGACUGGAUUGACUCGUGUCUACAUUUAAGUCCAAAUUUAGUGCCACCAGUCAAGAUUUCUGCCUUUCGUACGGCCAGAAUCACCUUUUGGCUUCAAAUUUUUUUUCACGGAUGAUUCAUGUAACUGAAAAUGGUGCUCCAGAGUGUUUUAUGUAGUUAACAACCAGUUAUUGUUUUUAAACAUUUGUUUUAAAUGUGUUUGAUGAAGGGUUAAGACAAAGAAGGUAAACUUACAUUAAUCUGAAAAUAACCAAUAGUUGUUUAAAGGCAUUUUUUAAUCUUCUAAGUAGUGCUGAAUCCAAAAAUACUGUUAUUUUCCUCAUCAGCUUCUCUGGAGCUUCAAUCCAUCUUUAUCCCAAAACAUCGCAAAAAAAGGAAGAGCAGAUCCAACACUGACUUCAUUUAAGAAAUGUACAAAAUGUCUGAAAGUUUGUCCAAGUUGGGGUAUCUUCUUUGCUCUUAUUUUAGUUCUCUGCAGCCGUCUGAAAAUUUGCACUGUCAGUUUAUCAAUGUGUUGUGAAAUCAGUCAGUCAAGUCAAUCAGUAGCCACAGCGUGUUGUCUCUGUGUGUGUGUGUGUGUGUGAGAAAAAGAGAGAGAGAGACAGUGACUUUACAGGCAUGUGGUGAGUAUUCACGUAUGUGUGUGUUGAUUGAUGUGUGUGUUGUCACCGCUUUUCUGUGGAAAUGUAUUAGUUUAUUUUUCUUUCGCACCCCAUAAUCUCAAAAUGUCACAGUUGAAACCAUGAAAGAGAGAUUUAAUUUUCUUUUUUUUUCUUUUUUUAUUUAUUCCUGAAAAUUUAUCAAAUAUUCUAUUUUUUGAAAGGUUGGAAAGCCGCACCAAACUGUGCUCUUAUAAUCUAAUAAGUGUUCCUUUUUUCUUUUUUCCCCCCUGUUGGCUGGACAAAGCUACCUAACGCUGUGUUCCAAAUCAUUUCGUCCACCAUAUGUUCUCCUGUGCUUUCAUUUUAUUCAUGACUUUUAAAUGAGAAUAUUUUCUAUCACGGGGCCCGUGUGUUUCUCUGAGGUUUGUUUUUAGUGCCCCUGUUGCAGCAAUUUGAAAUAAAGUACGUGUUUUUCGA